AUGAUUAGAAAUAAUAAUGAAGAUUCCAAAAAUGAUGAUAAUAAUCAAGAACUUUUUGUUAUGAACAUUAUCAAAUUUGCUCAAGAUAAAUUGACAAAUAAAGCAAUUAAAAAUGUUAAAUUUAUGGAGGAAUUAGAAUUAACAAUGACUUUAUUAUUAUAUUCAAAUAAUAAAGAUUUAUUACCGGCCAAAUUGAAUGAACUGUUUGAAUUCAAACUAAGAAGAGAUAUAGCUGAUUUAGUUAAUAAAUCAAUAUUAGUGAAAGAUUCUAAUAAUUUAAUUGAUUUAAACUAUAAAAAGAAGUUUUAUGAAGUUAAACACGAAGAUAAUGAUAACAAUAAUGGCAAUAAUGAAGUUAACAAUGACGUUGAUGAAAUUUCAAUUGAUGAUAAUGAUGAAGAUGAUGAUGGAUUAAAUAGUCAUAUUAUUGAUUCUAAUUUGAAAAAAAUGAUUAAAUUAUGGAUAUGGAGUGAAAAUAAAGCUUUUGAUAAGAAUUUGGAGUAUCCAAGAUUGAAUUUAGAUUGA